AUGGCGAGAAAAAGCAAGCUAAUGCUUGACCUCCAAAUCUCCCUGGAAGUCAUGCUCAAGAGAGGGAAUAAGCUCGCCAGAAAAGCCAUUAGCGACCUCAUCGUGCUCCACCACGGCGACGCCCACACCCUCUCUUGCCGGUCCAACGACGCGGCCGCCGUGUUGUUCGUAGGCCCACACGAGUACGAGUUCAGCUGCAGCAACAGCCCCGCCGCCUCUCUAUUCCCGUCUUCGUCGCACUACGCCGGCAGCAGCAAACGCCGCAAACGCAACCGCCACAAGAACCGCCGCCGCGACGACGAUAUCGUUUCGUUUCAAAAGGCGGUUUUGGGCAAGGAGAUCAUGGUGGCGGCGUCUCCGCUGCCGGUGAGGCAAUUUCCUCUAAAAGAUAGCUCAGAGGGAGGCUCCGAAAUCGAUAAAGAUGCUGAGGAGUUCAUCAACAAAUUCUACACAGACUUGAAGAAACAGCGACGAAUUGCGGCGCUUGAACCUCCCUCGCCUUUUCAUAUUUGGGCACACUGA